UCGGCUCCCGUGGGAUGCCUCUCCCGGGCCUCCUGGGUCCUGGGGCCGUGCCUAGUUAGGCCCGCUUACCCAGCAGGACAAGCCCCGGCCAGCGCCUGGCACCGCUGUGCGGCGGGCAGCUGCGGGCAGCUGCGGGCAGAUGAUGGCCCGACCACUCAUGCCCAAAUGGCUCGCCCAUUUUAGACCUGCCCUUGCGGUGAUUCCACUCCAGCUCACACUGGCUAGCCACAAACACCUUGGCUAUCAUUUCUGGGAUAGCCUACUUUCUCUCCGCCUAUCGCGCCCUCGCAUCUAAUAAUUUUUGCAGACCUUAUUACGCAUUGCCACUUCCUCUAGAGUAAACUUGAUCUAAGACCGACCGUGAACCUUCAUUGGAUUGCCGAGGAAACAUUCCACCAUGCUCAAACGUGCAUGAAAUGAAUGAAGAAUGACCUACGCUCCAUGCGAUACCCCAGAUGAUGCCAGAUGGGUUGCCUAUGCGGAUUAGGCAUUCCCCAUAGCAUUCCUCGAGUUUCUAACCUUCUAACCACGGGUAGCGGGUAGUCCGCACAUCACCUCAAUGCCGCUUUUCAUUUUCUCCUUCAUUGUGUCGUAAUCUUGUAGUUAUCUGAUGUUUUGGUUCUGUAAUUGUUUGUAAUUAGUGUCCGCCAAGAUAUAUAUAAGUAAAUCUGUGUGUACUCCAAAACUUCUCAUACUUCUACUAUGACGUCAUUUCGUCUGCACUCAUUUUCCCCCGAGACCAACCUCUGAGAAAUGAAAACAAGUGUUUCAAAUCACAACAGAGAGAACAGCAUGAAUUCAAAUUAUGAUUGUGGAUUUGUUUCUUAACCAACUGACUGACUGAUCGAUUAUGCACUGAUAGCUUUUUAUACUGCUAUGCUUCUAAACCAGUGUUUAUAAUGUCCGGAAUUUUAGAGAAAACGAUUGAGUCCCUUAACACUCUUCUCUCUCCAUUGAGUACAAGUGUAGGGUUAAGCACUAAGUCUAUGUUUGAAAGAUGCAUGUCUGCAAGAACAAAACGAGAAGAAGAAUGGUGUUUUCAAGAUUCUUUAAGAUCAAUUCAAGAGCGGCUAUCAGAACCUGCCGUUAGGCCGUCAGCUGUUAAAAAAAUGUUGUCUUUUGUUGUGUUUGCUGAAAUGAUGGGGUACAAAGCAGAAUUUGCUUAUAUUCAUGCUGUCAAACUUGCCCAGAGAGGUUCGCUUGCAGAGAAAAAAAUGGGGUAUAUGGUGUGUGUUAAUCUAUUGAAAGAUUCUCAUCAACUUUCUAUGCUACUUGUUAACACUAUAAUUCGAGACUUGGCGAGCCGUAAUAUGGUGACCAUUGCCAUGGCUCUUGCUGCUACAUGCCAUCUCAUACCUGCUGAUCAAGCCUCUUCUGUCCUUCCAAUGGUUGCUGAUAAGCUUACCCAUUCCAAUGAAUACAUACGAGGGAAAGCAGUGAUAGUCCUUCAUCACUUUCUUCGCAUCUGUCCAACUCAAGCUGUGCACUAUAUCCAUCGGGUACGAGCUCUUUUAGGAGACAGUGAUCCUGGAGUUGUCGCAUUUAUUCUUCAGUAUCUUCUUGACUUGAGGCAGGAGGAAGAGGAGGUGACAAAAGGUCUCUGUUCAACUGUGGUUUCCAUCCAAGAACAAAUUCUACAUGGCAAAUUGCCUAAGGAUUACCUACAUCAUGGUGCAUCAGCACCAUGGACACAAUUUACAAUAAUUAGAUUAAUUAGGCAACUACAACCACCCAUAUUAGAAGUUCAGAAAAUACUACAAGACACACACAAGGCAGCAUUAGGUGAUGGAAGUAUUGGCUCUUGCUCAAAUUUAUCAGCAGCUAUUGCCAUUGAGUGCUUGGUGACCAUGAUGGAAUUAGGUGUGACAUCAAGCAAAUUCAAGGCACUAACAAUGACUACCAUUGGGACACUUCUGAUAAGCCACAAUAUGAACUAUAGGUAUGAAGGUUUAAAUCUCCUUCAGUCUUUGAUUUCUCACCAACAAGUCAAUCUUACCCGGGACCAACAGGCUGUUGUGAUGCGCUGCUUGCAACAUCCAGAUAAUGCUAUCAAAAUAAAAACCCUGCAUCUGCUGUGUAAAAUAGCUGACAGCAGCAGUGCUGAAAGUAUAUGUGAUCAGAUUAUUGAUUUCUUAAAAAAUCACUGCACGAAUUCUCUUCUUCAAGAUGAACUUGUUUCAUUGGGAAUGUCUUUAGCAGAAAAGUAUCCUAGCGAAGCCAACCAUUGGCACCUUGCUGCUCUGUUGAGGUUACUACCUGUGGCGAAGGAACAUUCUGCAGCCCUCCAGGCACAGCUUAAACUGGCCUUACUUGCAAAUUUAGAGAGAGAAUCAUUUACUGCUCAUGAAAAAGUUCUUUUAUACCUGACCAAGCACUCUGAAAGUAAAGUUGCACCCACUGCUAUCUUAGAACUGUACGUUUGGAUGUUGAGCAACUUUCACUCCUUGCUGAUCAAGGAUAAUGAUGCUUCUAAUUUAGAAAAAUCUCAUAUGUUGGCUUUAGAAAAAAUUGUUGCUCUUGGCCAGAAAGUUUAUGUUAAUCAAAUUCAAAUGAGCCUUGAGAUAGUCCCCCCUAGGAUACAUAAACUUCUAUAUGAAAUUGUGGUUGCAUUAAAACUCUUAGUUGUGAGAAAUGUUGAAUACUCUCAAAAUCUUGUUCAAUUUUUAAAAGAUAUUAUAGCAGCAUCAUUGACUCGUGUGUUUGGUGAUGCUGCUUUACGUUGCUUGUGCAAUGAACUUCUUUGCCUAAUUUCUUCUUGUCCUGAGCUUUCUCUACUGAAUGAUAACAGAGAAAAGCUGCUCGAAAACCCUGAUUUUACUUUGUCUUUCAUGGAUGAUUUUGUGUGUCAAAGUUUAGAAGAAGGAUCCCUACCUUACAGAGCUUUACCAGCAAAACCUGGUUCUAGAGCUGCUGUAGAACUAGCUAUAGAGAUUGAAAAAAACCAUGGUGAAUUAGAACUCAGCGCUAGCAACUUAAUAGCUGCUGGUUGCAGCCUGGGUAGCUCUGUUCUUUCAUUAGCGGGUACCGAAAGUGCCAAUAAUCGAGAUGGAAGCGUUUCGUCGGUCAGUUCAACAGAAUCCAAAUGUUGGACUUUUACUAGCCCAACCCAAGAGGUUGAACUAAUGCCAGUUUGGACCAAAGAAGGUCGAAUAAAAGGAGAUGAUUCAACUGAAGCUGAUUCUUCCUUCAGUGCAAGCGCAUCAGGACCUUCUGAUGAAACCCCAAUCGAGCUUCUGCCUGGGCCCUCUAUAUCUUCAUGGCUUCAGAAGUCAAUGGAUGAAGACCCAUUAGAUAAUCUUCAGAAGGAUUUUAAUCAAUCUUUUGAUGGUUUGGAAUCACAGAAAGCUAAGUCAAGUUGAUAAAUGUUAUCAGAUUAUUCUAAUUAUAUCUCUAAUUCUUGUCAUUAACAUCUUAUAAGAAUACCUCACUUUUAUCCAAAAAGGUAUUGUAAAACUGACCUUUUGCUUUUUUUCUCCUCCUCGUCUCUACAAAAUGUUAUUUUCUGAACUCUUUAUUGAGGGAUAAGUGCCUUUAAAAUUCAUAAAAUAAGUGUGAUAUUCUGUAGUCUUAGAAUUGUCUUAAAAUCAUUUUCCAGUCUCUUUUACUCUGGCUGUGAGAAAGUUCAAUUACUACCGGUACUUAAAUAGUUUUACUAUGUGGUUUCAGGUACGAGUCCCUAAUUUCAUUUUUAGCAAUGUAGUUUGUGUUAGUUAAUCAUGUGUUCAAAUUGGCCAAGAGUCAACUAGAUAUUUAUAUUUUUGACUUGCCUGUUGUUAAAAACAAAACUGUGAUGUAUUUUCUGCAAAUAUAUUAUUGUAGUCAUAUUUCAUUGUUUAGUGGAUGGAUCUAUUGUGUUGAUGUGUUGUUAUAACGCAAAGUUUGGUUUCAUAUUUACAAUUGAUGUAUAUUUUAUCUAUUAUCUACAACGACUGUGUUGAUGUACAGUUCUUGUAACAGUUAUAAUUUUUACUUGUGCAAAGCCAAUGUGUUUUCAGUCUUCAAGCAGGACUCAAAUAGUGCUCAUUACAUACCUAUUGUAAUUCAAAUACCAAUCUUUGUAAGUUACAAUAACUUAAAAAAUUAAUCAUAACUCUUGACUUUUAUAAUUUGAAUUAAAUUGGAAUCAAUACUUAAA